GCCCUCCCAAGGUCUGUGGAGCAAAGAGGAAAAAGCCCACAGAGCUGCUGGUGUUGGCAGAGAGCGGAGCAUCCAGGAUCUGAACUAUCGACUCCCCCGACCCACCAGACGUCUGCAGUGAGAGGAGAAGGCUGAGAGCAGAACCUUCUGGAGACAUCAAGAUGUGGAAAAAGUCCAAGGCCAGCGAUCAGACGGGCAUCAGGCAGACCGCGGGCAAUACGGAGGGAGGUCCCCAGGACGACAAAGGCAUCAGGAAGAAGUCCAAAGUGCCAGGUGUCAUGAUCACACAGUUUCUGGAGGAACUUCCAGAGGGAUCAACAACACCCGACUUUUCCCGCAAGCCCAUUGCCAUCACUAUUCAAGAAGGGAAAUGUGCCAUCUUUCGAGCGAUCGUGGUGGGCAAUCCAAUGCCCACCGUAACAUGGACCCGGGCAAAAGGGGAAAUGGUUUUCAACCCGGCCACCUGCAAGCAAAAUUACAACGAAUCGUCACACGAGCACACCCUUGAGUUUCCCAAGGUGGCCCCCGAGGAUGCCGACACCUACAAGUGCUUUGCAACAAACGACUACGGCCGCGCUAUCUGCACCGUCCUGCUAAACGUUAUCGAAGUUGGGUUCUCCAAGACCAAGGAACUGCAGAAGACAUACGGGGAUGAAGUCCCAGACUUUUUAAAGAAGAAACUUAGAAAACGUCCUACCGAGGGGGCACAGGAGAACAAGGCAAUCACCCCAGAGGAGAAGGUCUGGGAAAUCCUCCUCAAGGCAGACAAGAAGGACUACGAGCGCAUUUGUGCGGAAUACGGCAUCACCAACUUCCGCGGCAUGCUGAAGAAACUGAACGCCAUGAAGAAGGAGCAAAAUGAAGACAUUGUCGAGUUCUUCACACCCAGCAACGCUCUGAAGCACUUUGACUCAGAAGAAGACUUAUCCUUGGACUCGGAGCUGGAACUCAGGGAGAGUAAAAUGUUCCUCUACAAGGACGGAUCCAUGGUCGCCUUUGCAAACGACGAAUGUGAUGAACUGACACACUCACUGAAGCAAGUUGCCAAGAAAAAAACGUUCUCAAUGUCGUGUCAAGACGCUGACGUGGAGGGCAUUGGUUUGUUCGCUAUGGACUUUAAAGCACCCGACGUGGACUUUGUAGUUAAAAUCCAGGAGACCAAGGCAGAAGAGCGCCAGGAUGCCCUCUUUACUUGUGUUCUAAGCGCACCUCUGCAAGAGAUCCAAUGGUUUGGUAAAAACGCUCCGUUGACAAACGGCGAAAAGUUUGAUAUCAGCGUUUCCGAAGACAAGCUCAUCCACAAGUUGAUCGUGCGGGACUGCUUGCCUCUGGACGCCGGGAUCUACACCGCCGUGGCCGGGAUCAAGUCGUGCAACGCCUGGCUGGUGGUCGAAGCCGAUAAAGACGGCAGUAGCAAAGGGAAGAAAGUGGCUCGUAAGAACACGCUGGCUGGGGCUGGGAACGACGAAGACCUGCUAAAAAUAGCCAGAGAGCAGCAGGAGAGAUAUGAGAAGGAACUACAGGAGAAUCUGGAGACGGCCAAGAAGAAUCAAGCGGAGCGGGACGCCGCAGAGGAAGCUGCCCGGCUGGAGGCGCAGGCGGCCAGGGACGCCAAGGCUGAAAAGAAAAAGUCAGAAUCCAAGAGGAGGAAGUCCAGUGCGGGUGCAAGGAAGGCUUCUGUUGCGGCAGUUGUGGAAGAUCUGAGUGAAGACAACCAAGAAGUUGGGGAAAGUUCCUUAUUCAUGGAAUGUGUCGAGGUAGAGGUGAAGGAAACUGAGACAGUGGAAGGACGAAGUCAUGCUGAGGAACCCGCAGAGCGCAGAAACUCUGGAAAUAAAGACAUACAUCUCAAAGUGAAAGUGAAAGAUGCUGCUGUUGGAUAUCACCACGGCGAGGAAACCAGACAGCAAAAAAGUGGCGCAAAGCUUGUCAAAAAGGAAAACACAAACAAUCCCAAAGUGAAAAAAGCGGACCGUGAAGACACAUCUGUCGGAAGUGACCACAGUCAGGAGGCGCAGCAUCACCAAAGUGAGGAAAGACCUGGCAGAAGACAAAGACCUGCCAAAGAGUCACUGGCAGACCGUGGACAUGCUGGAGUUGGACGUGAUGUCAGGGAGGAAAAGUGUGACAAGUCCGGGCCGACUAAAAACGCUCCAAGUGAGAAAGUUGUGUCCAGCAAAGAUAAAGAAGAUGAGGACAAAAUGUCUGACGUCCAUGACGGUGAUGGCGGUGAUGAUGAUGAUGAUGAUGUUGCACCAACAGGGGGUGAGGACGCGUCGGAGAGUGACGAGGAUGUGGAGGAGCCGGCAGUGGAGAAGCGUGUCAGAGUGAGGCAGGGGCCCUUGAUCCAGGAGACCCUUAUUGACCCUGGUGUCCACUUCCUCAUCGGGCUCUCCGACUGCAAGGCCAUCAUCGGGGAAGAGGCCGAGCUGACGUGCAAACUCAGCAGCGAGGACUGUGAGGGCGUCUGGUACAAAGACGGCGAAGAGAUGGUGUGUUCAGAGGGUGUGACUUUCACCAAAGAAGGAAGUUUCCACAAGCUGACGAUUCACAGAGCUACGGAUGAUGACGCCGGGAAGUACAAGUUUGAAGCAGAUGGACGCAAGACUGAGGCCUUGAUUGUUGUGGAAGAUCCACCAAGAUUUGACCCAGAGGAGCUAAAAACCUUUAUCGAGCCGGUAAGGGUGAAGAAGGGGCACAAAGCCAUCUUCAAAUUACCCUUCCUGGGCCGGGAGCCUAUCAAAGUUCAAUGGUACCUGGAGGGGGAAGAGCUUUCAGAUGAAGCCAACAUCAAGAUCGAGACCUCGGAUGGUUGCACCCGCCUGCUGCUCAUCAAGCUGCAGCGCAAAGACAGCGGCGAAGUCAAGCUAAAGCUAAAAAAUGAGUAUGGCACCGUUGAGGCCUUCAGUGAAAUAACGGUUCUGGAUAAACCCACUCCUCCGAUGGGACCUCUGGAGAUCGUUGAAGCCUCCUCCUCCGCCAUCGAGAUCAAAUGGAGACCCCCGAAAGAUAGCGGCGGCUGUAAGAUAGGAAACUACAUCCUGGAACGGCAACAAGUGGGCCGCAACACCUGGAAGAAGGUCGGGCCCAUUGGUCCGGAAGCCAAAUACAGGGACCUCGACAUAGACCACGGCCGCAGGUACUGCUACCGCAUCAGAGUUGAGACCGAAAUGGGCACCAGUGAGCUGAUGGAAACAGAGGAUAUUCAAGCUGGGACAAAAGCAUACCCUGGACCGCCAUCACCACCAAAGGUUGUCAGCGCCUUCAAGGACUGUAUCAACUUGUCCUGGUCGCCGCCUGCCAACACCGGUGGAACUAGUGUCCUCGGAUACAACCUUGAGAAACGCAAGCAAGGCAGCAAUCUGUGGGGUCAGGUCAACCCGCCCGAGGAGAUGAUCAAAGGUAAAGCAUUUGCUGUGAAAGAUGUGGUUGAAGGAAUGGAAUACGAGUUCCGUUUGUCGGCAAUCAACAACUCCGGAGCAGGUGAAUUCAGUACACCUUCGGACUUUGUGUUCGCCAGAGACCCCAAAAAGCCUCCUGGAAAGGUCCUCGAUUUGAAAGUGACAGAUUCCAACUACACAACUUUAUCACUGUCUUGGACCAAGCCCAAGGACAUUGAGGGGGUCCAGGACGAGGCCAAGGGAUACUUUGUGGAGAUCCGUCCCGCGGAGAACACGGACUGGAAUCGCUGCAGUUCUACCGUGUUGACCACCAAUUACUACACGGUGAAAGGCAUGAAGUCCAUGGCCAUGUACUGGGGGAGAGUCAUCGCUGUAAACGACGGAGGGGAGGGAGAGCCCAGAGAACUGGACAACUACGUUCUUGCUAUGCCUCCUCCUGUGAGACCACGCUUCACAGAUGCCAAGAUCAAGAGCUUCAUGGUGGUCAGAGCAGGAAACUCAGCCCGAUUUUCAAUGAACUUUGAGGCCUCUCCUUGGCCUGAGGUCACUUGGUUAAAGGACGGUGUGCCGGUCACUAAAAAGGUGACAAUAAGUAACGCGGAAGGCACGUCGCAGCUUUUGAUUCCUUCUGCCGAGCGCUCCGAUUCUGGAAUCUACACCGUGAUUAUCAAGAACAUUGUCGGCCAGGAAUCCUUUAGUAUUGAAAUUAGAGUCACGAAUGAGCCAAAACCACCAGGUCCAGUGGAGAUUGAAGAAAACGUGUUGGGCACAGUGACCGUUUCAUGGACGGCGUCUGCAGACGAGAAACGAGAUGAUAGGCUGCACUACAUGGUGACGAAGCGGGACUCCAGCAAACGGACUUGGCACACCGUGGCAGAUCACAUCUUCAACAACAAAUUCACAGCCUGCAACAUAAUGCCGGGAAGAGAGUACCAAUUCCGAGUCUAUGCUAAAAAUGACAUGGGCUGCUCCAAACCUACCGAAUCACCAAAGUGGCUGAUUGCUACCAAAAAAGAGAGGUUCACUGUGAACAUCGUGGAAUCCAAGGCCUGCAACCUGGAAUGUCCGCCCAAGUUCCUUGUCCCGCUCAAAAUGCACUCCGCCCCGCAAGGCUAUGAGUGCUACAUGAGCUGCGCUCUGAAGGGCGACCCCACGCCGCACGUCACCUGGCUGCGCGACAACGUCAGUCUGAACACCAACACGAACUACUACAUCUCCAACACCUGCGGGGUGUGCUCUCUGCUCAUACUGAGGGUCGGGCCCAAAGACACCGGCGAGUACAAGGUGGUGGCGGAGAAUCCCAUCGGGAGAGCCGAGUGCGCCACUAAGUUGACAGUGAAGGAGUGAGCCCGUGUGACGACUAUGGAGGCUCUGUUGGAUGUAUGGUGUUUAAUUAUGAUGAACUAUUUACCAUGUCUUAUAGGACGCCAUGCAAUGUCUCUAAUAUACAUUUUUGAACACUUGUAGUAUCCAUGUACACACAAAUAUAUAGUGCAUACAUUAAAAUUGCAGCUGCAAUCUA